CUACGCUUCCCAUGCUCGCGUUGUUUAGUAGUAAUAGAGCAGUUUACAGGGCGAAGAAUGGAGAAAGGUGACUUUAGGUGUGUUGAAUGUAACGAAAAAGCCACGGAGUUACACAGGGAUUACAGUAACGGGAUCCUGAAGAUAACGAUAUGUGAGUCGUGCCAGAAGCCAGUGGACAAGUACAUUGAAUAUGACCCAGUUAUCAUCCUGAUUGAUGCCAUUUUGUGCAAGACGCAGGCUUUCAGACACAUUUUGUUCAACACAACCUUGAAUAUCCACUGGAAGUUGUGUGUGUUCUGCCUGCUGUGUGAGGCUUACCUCAGGUGGUCCCUGCUCCAUGGCUCCGAGCAGAGCAGUGACCCUGCUGACAUCAUCAGGUACACCAAGGAGUGGGAGUUCUACAGCAUGUUUGGAUUGGCCGCCCUCGAGCUGUCAGCGUUCUGCGGCGGUGUGCUGUGGUUCCUUUGGGUGGUGGUGGGUCGUCUGCACGGUGGGACCCUCGAGCUCAGCCUGCUCCUCAGAGCCCUGCUGCUGUCCUGCUACGGCAAGGUGCUCCUCAUCCCCGCUGUCAUCUGGGAGCACGACUACUCUCCGCUCUGUCUGGGCCUCAUCAAACUGUUUGUGCUCACUUCCAACUCACAGGCUAUCAGAGUGAUCCUGAACAGCAGCAGACGUCUGUCAUUGAUGGCCGUGUGUUUAGGUCUGCUGUCAGAGACCUGCGUGGCUCAGGCCUGUAAAAAGCUUCCAUGGAACAUCCAGGACAUGUUGACAUUUGAAUGAAUGAGACAAAUGUCAGUUAUGGCAGGAAGUUACAAGGGAUCGUGGACACCAAGCUGUGCCAGCGAUAGGCAGUUUUUAAUGAACUUUCAACACAUGGGGUUUGAGAAGGAAUGUUUUUUUUAAGUGUUUUUGCUGCUAAAAGCCUGCUGUCAAAUGGAGACAGAGCAGCAGAAUAGAUGUUGUGAUUAUUUUUUUCUACUCUUUAUAGAGAAAAAGGUUCCAUAUUCAUUUUGGAAGGAUGUCAAGGAGUCGCUGUUUUUUGUUUUGAUUCUAAGAAAGACAAUAAACUCAAGACCCUAUUGAGAUUUUGAUUUGAUUUGAUUACUUUAUUUGGACAAACAUACAGAGAGGAGCUGAAGUUUUGGAACGUCCCCCUGAUCUAAACCACCGUUUCUCAGAGCCGCUCUCUACGGUUUACACAAACACAGACCCCGAGGUUGUAAUUUCACAGUAACUACUUCUCUGUUUGGACAGGACCCAGAUGAAACUCUUCACAUUCUUUUGCUCAUUGGUGAAAUGCUUAUCUUAACUCGCACGCACACACAGGAACACAAACACACACAGGUUACUUUGUGAGAAUGGAAUGGGGGUAAGUGGAUAAAUAAAGCAGACAGAAUUGUAUUUCCCUUUAUUUAUAACCAUACAGGUACAACUGAUGUUAAAGUCCAGGGUUAGAUUGGAUUGAGAUUUUUGCAUCAGUGACCACUUUUUGUUUUGUAGUUAUUUUUUGAGCUGCAACUAACAAUUCAUUUUUUGUUAGUGAUCAAUACAUUUUCUAUAAUAUAUCAUAAAAGAGAAGGGGAAGUUUCUGGUGAUACAUAUUUUUUUUUUCCUUUACACUACUUACCUGUAGCGUCUUUAAAAAAAAAGGGAAUUUUUCAAAACAUACCUUUUUUAAAGGCUGUUUUUCUCACAGUGAGUUUUUUCUCAGACUUUCAGCCACAAACACCAAACCUUAUAAUUUUAUUCCUAUCAAUAUUCUGAAGGAUUUUACAGGGCGGUUUGUUAAUACACUACUCAUAGUCAUUGUCUUAAAACAUCGAGCAAAUGUAUUGUUUAUGGCUGUCGACACUGAUCUAUCGAGUGAUACAAAGAGAUAUCCAAAAUCGCCUCUGUAAUAACCUUUGAUUCUAAUAUGUCAACAAAAUAAAAUAAGAACGUGUAGCCUGGUUUUAUCCAAUGCUCAGAUUUUUAUUUUACAAAAGUAUGAAAAUUAGCCCAUAUUUAAUAAGGCAUAUUUAAAAUGUAUUUUUUGACACUAUUUACCUGCAGUGUCUCUCCUUAAGGCAGGGUCAGCCAUUCAUUUGUUUUGCAGGUUUUAAAGAAAGACGAGUCAAAUCCUUUAACACUAAACUGCAGCAGGUAUCCCGCCAGAUCUUAUUUAAAGUAGUCCUUGUGAAACAUUUGCCUGUACUUUACAAAACCUCCACUCACUGUCCCUGGAAUGUAUUUGUCUGUGAACAGACCGAAGUUCAAUCAGUAAAGCAAACGUUUGAGGCAGAACACAGGUCUGUGGAAUGAGGGGAAUUUAUCCACUGCACUUACCUGCAGCAUAAACAGCUGAACCGACCCCCAGCCGUCUUUGCAGGACUCAAGUGGUUGUUAUGAACUGCUUCGAAGUCGGACACGUGACGAGAGGCGAGGCUGAAUUCUUUCUGAUAAAAAACAUCUGAUAACAGAGCAGUCGCCCCACUGCUAUUCCCAGAGUACAGGUUUUCUGGGACCUCCUUAAUAUUUGUUAUUGUGUUGUUGCACCAAAGUCCUAUAAUAAAGAUUAAGCUUCAUUGGAUGUAUCGUGUUUACCUCUGUACUUCCCACGCCUGUUGCAAAUGUUGCAAAAGAAAUCAAUGUUGAAAUAGAUACAUGGCUUUCUGUGACAGACAAGCCCUAAAGUUUGGCAGGGACUUAUACUUCUGUGAUGGAUUAUGUGAAACGAACUUGUAGAGCGAGUUUACCACGAGCCACAGAGACACCAUGUAUAUAA